UUCAUCGUCAAGAUAAAUUUACGAUGAAUUUUUAUCGCAAUUGCAAAAAAAUUGUGUUUGUAUUUUGAAAAUUGUAAGAAAGUGGUUUUGGAAAUAAAAAUGCCAUCGAAACAAAGAAAAAUUGCUAUGAUGGGGUACAGAUCAGUCGGAAAAUCAUCUCUAAUCAUACAAUUUGUUGAGGGUCAAUUCGUAGAUUCAUACGAUCCAACAAUAGAAAACACAUUCACAAAAUUUAUUCGCCUGAACUCAACAGAGUAUGAAGUGAAAUUAGUAGAUACAGCUGGUCAAGAUGAGUACAGCAUUUUCCCCCUACAAUAUAGUAUGGAUUUUCAUGGUUAUGUGUUAGUUUACUCCAUCACAUCUAGCAAAAGUUUUCAGAUAGUACAAAUAAUUUAUGACAAAUUAUUAGACAUGGUUGGAAAAAUACAUGUACCAAUAGUUUUAGUUGGUAAUAAAACUGAUCUCCAUUUGGAGAGAAAAAUAAGUACAGAGGAAGGAAAGAGGCUCGCUGAAAAAUGGAAGGCUGCAUUUGUUGAAACUAGCGCAAAGCGUAAUGAGUCUGUGACUGAUAUGUUUCAUGCAAUAUUAUCUGAAAUCGAGAGGUCAGAUGGACAUAUACAAGAGAAAAAUGGAUGUGUAAUAGCAUAAUAGAACUCACUAAAGGUUUCGUUGAAUAUUGUGCUUUUUACUUAAGCUGAAAAUGGUACAGAUAUGAUGUUUAUUGUGCACAGCUAUCAUAUUAGCAAUAAUGUUAUUGACAUAAUUGAUAAUCGUAAAUACGGA